AUCGCGACAAUCAACUUUUCUUCUGUACGUUUCACCUUCUCAUUAUCACUCACAUCUCAUCAAUACUAGCUGCCUUUUCCAUUCACAAAUAUCUCUCAAACAAUACUUUGUAACUAUGGCUAACACACAGAAACUUCAUGUUGGUCUUCUCGUAAGUCCAGGUUUGGGCCACAUCAUCCCGGCACUAGCCCUCGGCAACCGCCUCAUCACCCGCCAUAACGUCUCUGUCACCAUUUUCGCUAUCACCUUCGGUAGCUCUCCAGCGGAAACAGAGAUCCUCACAUCCGCCAAAAAGUCAAAGGUGAUUGAUAUAGUUGAAAUACCAGCUGUAGAUAUCUCGCACCUUAUUGAUUCCAAAACAAAAUUGAUUACUCAAAUUUGCAUUCUUGUACGCGAAACUUUACCUGUUGUUAAGUCUGUGAUAUUUCCUAAGAAGCAUACUCUGGAUGCUCUUGUCGUUGAUGUUUUUUGCCCUGAAGCUUUGCCAAUUGCAAAAGAAUUUGGGUUACCCAACUAUGUAUUUAUUCCAACAAAUGCUUGGUUUACGGCUUUGACUGUAUACUGUCCUGUUCUUGACAAAGAAAUUGAGGGUCAAUAUGUAGAUCAUGAUGAACUGUUGAAAAUCCCGGGGUGCAAACCGGUUCGACCUGAAGAUGUGGUUGAUCCCAUGGUGGACCGGAACGAUCAGGAUUAUCAAGAAUACCUGAAAGUACAUGGGAAAGGGUUCUGUUUGUCGGACGGGAUCUUGAUGAACACUUGGGAAGAUGCGGAGACCCGUUCACUCAAAGCGCUUAGAGAAAAUGAAAUAUUGAAAGCAAUCGUGAAUUCACCGGUUUAUCCAAUUGGACCGUUAACGAGACACGACCAACAAAUCAUAGAUGGGAGUGCUGAUGAUAGGAGUUUUGUGCUAAAAUGGUUGGAUCAACAAACUCCUGAUUCAGUGCUAUAUGUAUCUUUCGGGAGUGGUGGGACCAUGUCGUCAAAACAAAUAAUUGAGUUAGCUUUGGGAUUGUUGUUAAGUCAACAGAAGUUCAUUUGGAUAGUGAGGCCACCGUCGGAGCAUCGUGCAAACGAGUCGUUUUGCACGACAGGAAAAGGGUAUGACGGCACGCCUGAGUACUUGCCUGAAGGUUUUCUAACACGUACAAAAGAUUUUGGGUUGGUGAUUCAGAUGUGGACGGAUCAAGCGGAAAUUUUGAGCCACCCAUCAGUUGGGGGAUUUGUGACACACUGUGGAUGGAAUUCAAUUAUUGAGAGUAUAACAAAUGGUGUGCCAAUGAUUGCGUGGCCGUUAUACUGUGAACAGCAACUAAAUGCCACUAUGCUCACGGAGGAACUUGGAGUUUCUGUCAGGCCAAAGGUGCUGCCAACAAAGAAAGUUGUGGAAAGGGAUGAAGUAGAGAAAUUGGUGAGAACGGUAAUGAUGCAAUGUGAAGAAGGAAAUGAAUUGAGGGAAAAUGUGAAGAAACUGAAGAUGAGUGCAGAGAAAGCAAUAAGUGUAGGAGGCUCCUCUCACAAUUCAAUGUGUGAAUUCCUCAAAGACAUUGAGAAGAAAAUUCAUGGUUACAAGGAAAACAUGUCUGAGGAAACUUCCUAAAAGGGGUAAGCAAGCAUGGUCAAGCUGCUUAAGUUCAUUAAUGUUGUAUUUUAAUUUUUUUUCACUUUCUUUUGAAUAAGCAGGCAAGAGAUGAUUGGUAAUGGCUAUAUCUUUGCGGUGGAUAUUGGUCUAUGUUAAGCUUUAUAUGUGAUGUAAUUUACAGUGUGGGCUUCUCUUAAUAUUUGUAAUAAACCAAACUCAUUGCUUGUAAUGAUAUUUCUCCAUUCACCCUUUGCAAGCAAUAUACUAUAUCUUUAUAAUUAA